CCUGUAGACCCUGCCUGGUAGAAGCACGACAAAUGAUGUCCCCCACCAAAAACUUACGGAAAGGUCCGCUCCGAGGAUCGAUUUUGCGGAUCCAACACACCAUGGGCUGAAACAAUGAAGCUUCCGGUUGACGGAGAAUGGUGUAGCAAAAGCGCCAAAAACUUCUACCGCUGUCUGCGCGAUCGCCUAGACGACCAGCAGCUGGUUGCUGCGAUCGACAACUACAUCGAAGCCAACUGCUACAGGAGUGAAACCGAUGCGGACGACGGUGGUGGUGGCCCCGGCAACACGUUCCCGGAGAAGCGCGACUGGCCAAAGUACGUGUCGAAGCAAAAGUUUCACUCGUGGGGCGGCAAACGAAACGCCGGCCAGGUGUUCUACCCAUGCGGCGGUAAACGCACAGCGGUACCCAGGGCCCACAAGCAACCGAAGGUGGUGAUCCGAAAUCCGUUCCACUCGUGGGGUGGCAAACGCAGCGAUCUAGCCGUGGCCGUUAUGGCUUGAUCUGCGGUGGCUGCGGUGUAGCAUCGUGUGCGCAGUUCGCCAUCAGAUAAGCUAGUGUUUCCCCUCCGGUCAGUGCAUGUUCCGUAGUGUCGUUACGAUUAAUCUCACAGUAAGCUGUUCAUAAUAAACUUUCAC